CAGUACGGAGGGAAGAUUCAGGCGGAUAAGUAACUCGUCACCAAGAAACGAGAGGGCAUCUUUAACGAGGUCCACUGCACCUGCUGCAACUUGCUGCCACACGGCACAGACAUCCUCCUCGAUGUCCGGCGGUUUAAUGAUGGAUCACACUUUCCUGCCUCGAUCCAUUUGGGCCGGUGACAGUAAAUUCCUCCAGCAUCCAGCGGAUCUCUACACCAGUGUGGUCGUUACGCGCAGCAUCCCUGCAGGCACGUGCUUUGGUCCAUGUGUGCUCCAAAACACUUUUUACGACACCAUCGCCUUCAUAGCGCAGAAAUCCUGCGACAAGAGAGCUAAACCCUAUGUGUUCAGGGUGGACCCCGAGGCCAUGCGUAAUUCUGCACUGGUGCUGUCCUGGCUGCGGCUCGUGCAGGCUGCGCGUAAUGGAGAGGAACAGAACACGGAGGCCUUCCUGAAAGCUGGUCAGCUGUAUGUGCGGACCAUCCGGGACAUCCGGCAGGAGGAAGAGCUGCUGGUUUGGUACGACCAAGAGCUGUCUCACCUACUGGGCUUCACAGACAUGACCAGGGGAUCAAGUGAAGAGUUCAGAUGUGGAAGAUGUAACCAGGUCUUUAAGAAUGAGUAUCCGUUCCUGGCUCAUUGCCGAUUCCUGUGUACUCAAGUUAAGAGUGACACCUGGGGCCGCGAGGUUUACGAGCACAAGCAUGUGGAAAUAAAGAGGCAACAUCGAGUGACAGAUUUCCACAACAUCGCCAGAGAUUUGGAACACAAAAAAUCUGGCAGCAACGAGGACGCGGAGAUUUACCCCAAGAGAAGGAAAUACGAGGAAACUCUUUAUCCUAAAGGGCGGAAGACGGUUCUGUUGGAGAAAACGAAUAUUUCAAAUGAUGACAAUAUUACGCAGCUGAGUAAGGGCUACGACCAGGCAGCAGGGGAUGCAUCUUCUUCUGCGGGGAAACUCAAAGUUGACAAGGUCAAACUGGAUCAUUUGGGAUGUAAGAAUGAUGCUUUUGCUGAAGCGGGGGAGGCCAAAGGGACUUUUACGCACGGCAGAGGGGUGGACGCACGGUCAGAGGCAGGUGAGAGCUCUGGUGUGCAUUCGGGCAGCACCAGUGCGUUUUCUCUGGUCCUGUCCAGCAGUCACGGCGAGCAGAAAAGCGCUUUCUGUAAACCGAGUAAAAGGACUUCUCCUAUUAACCCUCAGGCGCAUCUCAGCAGCGCUUCAACAGCCCCCUCUAGCCGCCUCGAGGAGAUGACUGACGCCUUCACCCCCAGGACUGUUAUGGGAUACAACAAUCUGAUGACAUCCAACAUCCUGAGCGGUGACUUACAGACUCUACCCUCCCCGGUUGCUUUAAACAAUGCCUUCCAUUACGCACCGGAGCACUGGUCCAGGAACAUUGGCGUUCAGUUGCAGACCACAUCCUCUCUUACGAUCCUUCCGCCGACUUUCACCUCAUUCGGCGUGUCGGUGCAGAACUGGUGCGCCAAGUGCAACCUGUCCUUCCGCAUGACCUCCGACCUCGUAUUCCACAUGCGCUCUCACCACAAGAAGGAGUUCGCCGCGGAGUCUCAGGUGAGGAGGAGGAGGGAGGAGAAACUCACCUGCCCUAUCUGCCACGAAUACUUCCGAGAGCGGCACCACCUGUCCAGACACAUGACGUCUCAUAACUGAGACAAAAAGGGACAAAAAAAACAACUUUAUUUAUUUCCUUAAUGAUGCUCGUAUUUAACAAGUUUAGACUCCAGAUUCACGAGACUUUGGCGUGUAACAGUGAAUGUAGGUAGCUGUAAAGAAACUAGGACACACAUGGCCACCUCAGCCUGUCCACUAGGUGACGAUAGAGGUACGUGUAAGCUGAUCUCACUGCAGUUUGUUGUCUGUUCUUUAGUCCUGUAUGUUAGGUUGAUGAUUAUUUUGUGCCUUAUGGAACUCAGGAGGGGAAGAAAGACGGAGAGAUCUCGAGGACAGCUCAUGAUUGUCAUAAAUAUCUCGACGCAGUCUUCUUUAUUUAUCAGCUUUUUGUUCUGCUCUGAUUUGUACAAGAGGUGUGGAUUGAGUGUGUUUGCACAUUCGUUUUAAAAUCUGAAAUUGUGAGAAUGAAACAGACGUGUUGAGUAUUUUCUUUUGAUGGUUCAAAUUAGAGAGGGUGUCAGUUUUUGCCUGCUCCAACAGGCGGCAACUGACACUACCCUUUCUCCCCAAUAUGAAGAAUAUCUACCAGAUAUGUUUGCUUUUUGAUAAGACUGUCCUGAAUGAUACCAGCAUUGUGCAAUUUAUAGAAAAAAGAAUAGUGCAUGAUCCAAUGGGUGGGGGAAAAAGGUUUAUUCUCACUCUGCACUUGCCAGAGAAGUCAAGAGAGGAAAAAAAUGUUAAAAAAGAUGCAUCAGUACAAUAUCUGCAUGUCAUUUGAUAUGUUUCACCCGACGUUUCAGCAUGAUAUUUGAGAAGAAAAUGAGCUGAAACAAUAACAGGCUGAUUUCCAUGCUGCCACUCAAAAGUGACAUUUAAAUAGUUUCAUUGUUAUCAUUAUACAGACCUGGAUGGAGUCCACAUAAGCCCACUGCUUUGAAUUUGUGAUUUUAUGUUUCUCCACCAAUACUACGUCCCAUUCAGGUCAGGCUGCCGACAGAUGGACAUAAAUAGCCGUCUCUGUUUCAGGUAAAUGAGGCGGGAAGAAGGCAUGAAGUUCAUGGGAAAGUCAAGUCUGGACCCAGUUCAGUCGCUCUGUAACGUAAGCGGGGAUGUAAACCCGCCCUCACUGCUGUUAUCUACUUUUAUUUGAGUUGCAGAGUUUAUCCUCCCAGUCUCUAUGCGCCGCAGACUCAUUAGACAAUCACAAGGUGACUUCAGGGACUUCAUUAAUACUUUUCUGGAAGUCUUUCAUGGAUGUUUUGCUUGUGAUGAUGAUCAGUUGGAGAUCAUUACUCAUAUGUUUUACUACUGGUACUGAAACCUACACAAUACAUUAAACCUGCACCCAAAACACUACAAAAAUGUACUACUAACACACUGCAACAUGUUCAUAAUCCUUCAUUGAGUUUUAGACCCUCAUUUAUCUUUAGGCAGCCUGAAUAUUUUUUUGUUUCUAGACUAAAAUGGACUACU